AUGCGCAACCUUCAACAAGGUCAGAAGGUCACUUCCGUUGACCUGUGCAACAUGUUGGUGCUACAGAAGAAGCAGAAGCGACAGUGUAGUAGGGGCAAGGGAGUCGCCGAGACACUUGUGAGGGCCAGUCGCCUGUCCGCCAUGGAGUGCCAGCACCAGUUCCAACACGAAAGGUGGAACUGUUCCCUGGGGGAUUAUCGGAAGCAUAUUCUUCGGAAAGGUUUCAAGGAAACCUCAUUUCUGUACGCAAUAUCGUCUGCGGGACUGGUGCACGAGGUGGCCCGCGCCUGCGCUCAGGGCAUCAUCGACAGAUGUACGUGCGAUGAGUCUAAACAUCUGGAGAAUACAGAAACAUGGCGGUGGGGAGGAUGUGGUGACAACAUCCGCUUUGGGUUAAAGUUCACCCGGAAGUUCUUGCAUGGAGGGAAGCGAUCCGAGAAGGACAUCAGAGGGACGGUAGACGAGCACAACAGCGAGGCUGGGAUCAAGGUUGUCAAAGACUUGGUCAACACAACAUGCAAGUGUCAUGGGGUCUCAGGCUCCUGCACAGUGAGGACAUGCUGGAUACAGUUAGCGCCUUUCAAAACCGUCGGCAACGUUCUGAAAUCGAAAUACGAAAAAUCCGCCAAAGUCAUCUUCCAUCCAAACCAGGCGACGGGCCAACCGCAGCUGAUGAAGCGCCGCAGUGCUCUCGCGGACUCUUCUUACUCACCGGCCGAAAUGAACAUUGUGCCACUUAAGAAAUCUGAGCUAACGUAUAUCGACAAUUCGCCAGAUUUUUGCCUGAACAGCAGUUAUUCACCUGGUACUUCCGGUCGUUCUUGUUUAAAGGGAGACAAUUGUGAUACCAUGUGUUGUGGUAGGGGCUAUAAUGUGCAGAAGCAGAUCCAACAAACACCUUGUAAAUGUGAAGCUAUAUGGUGCUGUAAGAUUACCUGUAGUGUGUGUUUUUUCGAAAAGGAAGUGUACUUGUGUAAAUAG